AUGACCGGAGACCUGCAACUAUCAGUCGUCGACAGUUCAGUGACACCACCAAAGACGGACACAACACGUCUGAGCUGGGCGACAUCCAUCUUCUACUUUGGCCAGCUCAUCGGAUCAUACCCGAUGACAUACCUCCUGCAAAGAUUCAAUACCAGAUGGACACUUGGCCCAGUAGUCAUGAUCUGGGCAAUCAUCUGUGCUGCAACUGCCGGUGUUACCUCGUGGCAAGGCCUGCUUGUUCAACGCUUUUUCUUAGGCUUCACGGAGUCAAUCAUCCCAACGGCCUUCAUGAUAACCGUCAGCGGCUACUACACACAAAAGGAACAAGCACUCCGACAGAGUUGGUGGUUUUCGGGCACUGGAUGGUUCACAAUAAUAGGGAGCGCCCUGAACUACGGCUUUGCGCAGAUCAAGGGCGGCGCGUUAGCGCCGUGGCAGUACAUCUACGUGCUUGCUGGCGGGCUGACCUUUCUGUUUGGCAUUUGGUGCUUCUUCUUGCCAAACUCGCCGCUGACGGCUUGGUUUCUGAAGCCCGAGGAACGGACGGUUGCUGUGGAGCGUUUGCGGCGGGGGCAAACUGGUGUGAAGAAUCAGAUUAUCAAGGGGAGCCAGAUCAAGGAGGCAGUGCUGGAUCCGAAGGUUUGGCUUGUGGCUUUGACUAUGGCAUCUGGAUACACUGUCAACGGCGCUGUCUCUGGGUUUGGUCCCCUUAUUGUAUCGACAUUCGGAUACUCCGCCUUGGACAGCAUCCUCUUUCAGUUCCCGCUUGGUGCUAUUUGCGCUGUAGGCAUUCCGCUUACUGGCUGGCUUUGCUCUAAAUACCGCAACAUCCGAAUCAUAACGCUCAUCAUAUGCACUCUUCCCGUUAUUGCGGGGUUUGUCACAAUCUGGAAGUCAGAUUGGGGCGUGCGGCCGGUCGCACCGGUCGUUGGCUACUCACUGAUCGGGUUCUUCGGGCCUGUCGUCAGUUUGACGGUCACUCUAGGCGCAGGUAACGUUGCGGGCGAGACGAAGAAAAGCUUCAUGGCUUCUGCCGUGUUUGUUGCCUAUUGCGUGGGAAACGUCGUCGGCCCGCAGCUUGUCAGGAGCGAGACGAAAGCGCAGCAUUAUCCGGAGCUGUGGACUGGUUUGAUUAUUUGCUACUGCAUCACCAUCGUCUCAGCGUCCGUGCUGUACGUACUGCUGUGGAAGGAGAACAAAAGGCGGGACAGUCUCGACCUAGAUGAGAGUGAACAGGACAGACUUGCAUUCAAAGACCUCACAGACAAGGAGAACCUUCACUUCAGAUACGUCCUAUAG